AUAUUUUGUUUGCGGAGAAUAGUCACAACUUCCAAAUCAUCAAAACAAUAUGGGGGGACUUGUGAUGGGGAGAAAACUGUUUCAUUUUGUUAUUCAGUUCGUUAUAUUUACAUCUUUUUAUAAUUUGGAAGCUUCUCAUACUGAUGGAAGUAUCGAUUUUUCUCAUUAUCAUCAAUAUGAAGACUUGUCAAAAUUCCUUCGUGAUAUGGAAACUAAAUACCCGAAAAUAUCACGCCUGCAUACCAUUGGUAAAAGUGUGAAAAAGAGAGACUUAGUGGCCAUUCAGAUUACAGACAAUGUAGAGGGAGUGGAACCUGGCGAGCCUAUGUUCAAAUAUGUGGGUAAUAUGCAUGGAAACGAGGCAGUAGGACGAGAGAUUCUCAUUUAUCUUAUACAGUACCUUCUGGAAAACUAUGAAAAAGAUGACCGGGUGACAGCUCUUGUGAAAAAUACAAAUAUUUAUAUUAUGCCCACCAUGAAUCCUGAUGGUUUUGAAAAUGCAAAGGAAGGUCAAUGUACUGGAGAAGUUGGUAGAGGAAAUGAAAACAAGGUAGACCUGAAUAGGAAUUUUCCCGAUCAGUUUGAUGUGAAAGAUAAAAUUAAUAUUCAACCAGAAACAAAAGCAUUGAUGGAUUGGAUUGAAGGACAGAAGUUUGUAUUGUCAGCAAAUCUUCACGGUGGCAGUGUGGUAGCGAGCUAUCCCUUUGAUGACUCAGCUAAGCAUCGAGUCGCUGGAGAAUACAGUGCCGCCCCUGAUGAUGCAGUAUUUAAACAACUUGCUCAUGUUUAUGCUAACUACCACAAAACUAUGAAGUCUGGAGUUCACUGUGGGGAUCAUUUUCCAGAUGGAAUCACCAAUGGUGCACAUUGGUAUGAUGUACCAGGUGGAAUGGAGGACUACAAUUAUCUUCAUAGUAACUGUAUGGAGAUCACCAUUGAGUUGUCUUGUUGUAAAUAUCCUAAGGCUUCACAGCUGAAACAAGAGUGGUACAACAACAAAGAGGCACUGUUAGCCUUCAUGGAGGAGGUACAUAAAGGUGUAAAAGGAUUUGUUCAGGAUGCAAAGACGAACAAUGGAAUAAAAAAUGCUGUGAUCAUGGUAGAAGGCAUCAGCCAUAACAUCUCCUCGUCCUUCUUUGGUGACUACUGGCGCCUCCUGGUGCCAGGUACUUACAAGAUUACGGCUCUUGCUGAAGGGUUUCAGCCACAGACACAAAGCGUGACAGUAACUGCUGGGCCUGCUACCAACUUAAGCUUUAGACUGGUCAGAAGAGAAGCUACAGUGGACAGUGUUCCUGUUGCUGGAAGUGUACAAACAACACUGACAGCUUCCACUAAUGGUCCGUUAAGCACCACUCAGCCCACGCCCCCUACAAGUCAUGACAACAGUAUACCAGAGGAACCGAACACUCUGGAAACCUUGCUUCAGCAUAUCAACAAAAUCAAGGAUUAUUCCCACCGAGAAAAGGUCAACUUCAUUGAACCGAAGGAAUUCCGCCAUCACAAUUAUGAAGACAUGGAGAAGUUUUUGAAGAACAUCAGCCAGAUGUACCCAGACAUCACAAAAUUGUACAGCAUUGGCAUCAGUGUGCAGGGCAGACAUUUGUGGGUGUUGGAAAUCACGGAUCACCCUGGAAAACAUGAACCAGGAGAACCAGAAUUCAAGUAUAUUGGAAAUAUGCAUGGAAAUGAAGUUGUGGGGAGGGAAAUUCUCAUUAAUCUCAUCCAACUAUUGUGUGAAAAUUACAACAAGAACCAUUUUCUGAGUCUGAUGGUAAACUUUACAAGGAUCCACAUUAUGCCUACAAUGAAUCCAGAUGGAUAUGAAAUAGCAAAAGAAGGUGAUGUACAAGGAGUUGUAGGCAGAAGUAAUGCUCACGGUAUUGACCUAAAUAGGAAUUUCCCAGACCAGUACCAGACAACUCAGAUCAAUGCCCAUCAGGAGCCAGAAACCGUGGCUGUUAUGACUUGGGUACAAAAGUACCCAUUUGUCCUGUCUGCUAAUCUACAUGGGGGAUCACUCCUGGCCAACUUUCCUUUUGAUGAUACUCGCAGUGGGUACUCGGUGUACAGUAAGAGUCCAGAUGACGCAGUGUUUAAAGUGAUUUCAGAGGCUUACUCACUGGCUCAUUCCACAAUGCAUCAAGGUCAUCCUUGUCCAAAAAUAGACAACGAAUAUUUCAAAGAUGGUAUCACCAAUGGAGCCAAGUGGUACAGUGUGUCAGGUGGAAUGCAAGAUUGGAAUUACCUACACACAAACUGCUUUGAAAUAACCAUAGAACUUGGCUGUACAAAAUACCCUUUGGCGAAGGAUCUGCCAAGUUACUGGGCAGCAAACAAGUUUGCCUUACUGGAAUUCAUGGGACAGGUACAUAAAGGAGUGAGAGGCUUUGUUUUGGACACCCACCCUGACAGCCCCUUAGUGAAUGCAGCCAUUUCUGUGGAGGGAAUUGAUCAUCAGAUCCACACAGCUAGUGAUGGAGAUUACUGGAGAUUGUUAGCAACGGGAGACUACAAGAUCACAGCCUCUCAUGAAGGUUACACUUCUCAGACGAUCCAGGUGCAUGUGACAUCUGAUGUGGCAGUGGAGGUCAAUUUUACUUUGACUCGUAAUGAACUUGACCAGUGGUCUCAGAACCAGGACUUCCAGAUCAGAGAAAACAUGAAAAGCUUGUACAAGAACAACUCGGACCUUCUAUUUGAGAUGAAAGAUUUGGCUGGACGGUAUUCUGAAAUCAUGGAGGUUACAGAGCUGCCCAAAAAUGUGAAAAGAUCGACUUCCCUUAUUCCUCCUACAGUUUAUAUGGUCCAUCUGUCCAGUAAUUUAAGUAAACAUGAAUAUGAUAAACCACAUGUGCUUCUGAUUGGUGGAUUUUCUGAUGGUAAAAGUCCUGUUGGAGCUCAGAUAUUGACAAGAUUUAUACGACAUCAAGUUAGAGGAUAUGAAGUGAAAGAUAAAGAAAUUAUAAAGAUAUUUGAGAAUGUCCAUCUUCAUAUCAUUCCAUACAUGAAUGUUCCAUCUUCUAAUGAUACUAUGAAGCUGCUCAAAAAUUACAGCUGUGAUCCAUAUCCUAAUAAACUGAUGUUUGCCUCUUCAGAUUCAGAGAACCUGCUUCAGCAGCUGAAGGAGAAACACAAAUUCAAUGUCAUUUUAACCGUUGACAGUGGUGGACUCUUUGUGAUGAUACCGUGGCAGAGGUUACAUGAAGGAGUGGCAGCGACAGAAGACGAGGAAGUCUUCCAAUCACUCGCUCAUGCAUUCGCUGAUAAGUACCCCGAGAUCUAUCAGCCUGAUGCUUGUAGAUCAUCUACCAACCAUGGCAUUUUUCAUGGGGCAGAACUCCACAGCCAAACAUCAGACAUUCUAGAUGACAUGUAUACAAACAGUCACUCCUAUAUGAUCUCUGCCUUUGUAAGCUGCUGCAGAUACCCACCUCCUGAACAGUUACCUGAGCUGUGGAUGAAAACAAUGGAACCACUGAAACAGCUUGUACUGAGAAGUACACAGGGUGUGUCAGGGCAGGUUUUGGAUGGCAGUUUUACUGUGGUGAAAAAUGUUUCCAUAACAUUAGACAGUAACCAUGAAAUCAUUACUGCUGCAGAAGAUGGCCAGUUUUACAUUCCCCUCACUCAAGGGCCCCAUACAAUUCAUUUCAAAGCUGAAGGUUUUGAGUCUCAGUCACAGCAAGCUAUCAUCCAGAAAGAUUCCACAUCACUAGUCCAGGUCCAACUGAACAGUGAACUGAAGGAGAUGGAGUAUCAUAGCAUGGCUGCCAUGGAGGAACUCUUCCGUAAUGUCUCCAAACAGUGUCAAGGACUGGCCAAACUUCACAGUCUCGGCAAGACUUCCAACAAAAAUAAUAUCUGGAUGCUGGAUUUUGAGGCCAAGAAAGAAAAUGCCCCUACUACCUCAAGGACUCACCUUUUGUUUGUGGCUGGUUUCCAUGGUAAUGAAGCAGUAGGACCAGAGAUAUUAGUACAAUUGGCCUACGAGUUGUGUGAAUCAUAUGGAUUUGAUUCCAUUUUGACAAAGAUGUUGCGUGAAUCGGUUGUCCACAUACUCCCAGUUCUUAAUCCCGAUGGAGCAAUGGUUGCUUCCCCUGCUGGUUGUAAUGACACCACUGGAAAAAACAAUGCCAAAGAUGCUGACCUACUUUUAAACUUCUACACUGAAAAGGAGAAGGUGGUGCAAACAGAGACUAGAGUGUUGAUGGAUUGGAUGAUGAAGGUGCAGCCUACAUUAGCUCUAUCACUGCGGAGUGGAUACCAGGGCAUUAUCACUCCAUCAUACGUGAACCUGAACCCUCCGGAGAAGUCUGUAUUGGAUAAUUUAGGCAGAAAGUUCACCAACGUACUGUCAGAGUUAGAGGGAGCUGGAAAAGAGGAGUGUGGGAAGGGAGGUGACACUUUCUUCAAUAGCAGUUUUCUGGAAUAUGCCUACAGACACUGCCAUUCUGUUCCACUGGAAAUUUCUACAGGAUGUUGUCAUCACCCAAAUGAAGAUCAACUGCUAAACAUUUGGCAUAAACUCCGAGAGCCUCUUUUAGACAUGGUCACUGAGACUAAUAAAGGUUUUAGUGGAAUAGUUAAAGACAAGGAAUCCCAGAAGAAUAUGGUGAAUGCCACAAUCAAAAUCGAAGGGUUUAGCUGGACUUUCCAUGUGAAUGAAGAAGCUAGGUUCCAUAUCUACCUUCCCCCAGGAAGUUACCAAGUUACUGUCAGUUGUCAUGGCUACCAGAAUUACAAAAAGAACAUUGUGGUACCAAAUGGUGAGCUAGGGAGAUUUGAUUCAGUGAUCCACUUGCAGUCAGUUAGCACAAUACUUGGACUGUCCCAUGCUGCAUUUAUUGUUAUAGCAUCCUUAGUUGUGUUGAGUCUUUUGCUGGUUUGUACCGUUGUCAUCUGUAUGAGGGCCAGGGCCAGAAAAACAGCAGGCUUCUCAAGGCUGAAUUUUGAUGACGAUGAGGAUGAUGAUUUUGAGGAAUAUUACGAUAAUGGAGCAACGAAAAAGUUUAUGAAUAAGGAAUACCAUGACUAUAGCUCAGAUGAUGAAGAUAUGUUUAAUAAAAAGUUAAUAAACAAUUCAAGAUAGAUUGUUAAUUCUGCUGUUGGGUAUCAAAAGUUUACAUUCUUCCAAGCAGCUAAAGCAUUUGAAAUGUUACACAUUUUUCUGUUGUUGUGUAACCGUUCUUGAAUAUGAAUUUCACUAGAUGGUUACAACUAUCCAACUAUCACAGUUGUCUAUUAUGUGUCCAAUAUUGCUCGCACGUAGAAUAUGCAGAUUUUAUAUGUAUUCUGUCAAUACAAUCGCCUUGUUUAAAAGAUUCAGUAUUUCGUUUUUUCACUCUUGGGAUCAAUAUUUAUUCUAGGUGAAACUCACCAGCAGAAUUACCAAAAAUUUCAUCUGACUUCAGAAUGAAACAUUCAUUAAUUCCAUGUAUUCUGUGAUUGUGUAAGUCCUCAAAAAAAAUCCAUCAGGAAAAUCAAUGGACCAUGAUUAAUAAAGUGAAAGAGAACUGUCUAUUUCAUUUUGUGUAUUAUAAUCUACCUUGUAUAAAUUUCUGUUAUAUUUAUUAUUUUUUAUUCUUCAAACAGACUUGCGAUACACGUAUUAUUUUAAUUUAUUAGAGGCAGUUUUACUGUACAUGGGCUUGCUUUUAUGCUAGGGCAAUACUGAUUUUAUUUUGGAGUAUGCUUGUGUCUUUAUUUGCUAUAUAUAUAUAGUUAUUGUGCAAGAUACAUUUCACUGCAUUGCAAGUGUAUAAUCUUUUUUAACUUUUUCCCAGUAAAAUAGCCUUCCAAUUAAAGUACUGAUUUUGACAUUGAAGAGAUUAAGAGGGACAAGUUAUAAAUAUAGCAAACAGAUCUGAUUCAUGUGGUUUUGAGGGUAAUAUAUAUUCAUUAUGCCAUUUAUAUUGUAUCAAUUGUUAAUGGAAAUUUAAUGAAGUCCUCAUUGUAAAAAGUAUAGCUAUAGUUCUGUGUUAGUUUUGUUUUUAUUAACAUUGAAGUACUGUUAAUCCACCUUUGAUGUAACAAUCAUUUAUAGAUUUGUGUUCACUUGAAAUUAGAUUGGCAUAUCAUUUAAAGGUUGAAUUGGUUCAAUGUCAGACGAGUUCAAACAUGAAGGUUCAAACAUGAUCAUGUAUAAAGAAAUCCGUGUAUAACCUUUGAACUCAUUUCACUUGACAACUGUUCUUUGUUUUGGUGUUUAAUAGCAUUCAGAAGGGGGAAAUAAUUGAUGGAUGUUAUGUACAUCUGUUACAACUUGAAGACCAAAUUUCUUGGACCAACAAUAUCUACAAAAGCCAAUUUUUUUUAUGAAUGUGACAUCAAUACUGAUAUUCUAACUUUGUAAAUGAUGUGUAUGAGUCGUAAGAAAUCGUGUUACUUUGUAGGAAGUGAUAUUUUGAUGUGGCUUUGUUCAUUAAUGAAGAUGAUGUUUCUAAAUGUUCCCUUAAUUAAAUACAUCUUGUGUGUUGUAGUCAGCUUGCAGAUGCAUUGUUGAUGUUUGUGGUAAAUAGAACAUGUCAGAUAGAUAAAACUAUGCAAAACUUGACUACCUGUGAUACUAUUAAUUUACAUGUACAUUCCAAAUGAAUUGUUAAAUGUAUCAGAAAUUUAAUAAGACCAUACAGUUUUCAGGGAUGCUUUGGAGUGAUAAACAACAAGUUCAUAUUAUAUUUUGCAUAAUACAAUGAAUAUAUUUAGCUCUGAAGAUACUUGCCAUUCAUUUUGUUGAGGAUAUGUAAAUUGUUGAUAUAUUUUGUUGAAAGGACCAAUGCAUUUUCAUGAUGAUUUUUUUCUCAUGAGGUAUUCGAAAUUUUAGUACACAUUACAUUGUUAUAAGUAAUGCAUUUCAUGUCUGAAGAGACGCAUGCAUGAAAUUGAAAUGAAAUACAAUUGCUCAAUCACUAAUAAAAACAAAUCAACAUGUUUACUGUGCAAAGUAUAAAUAUAUUCUGUCAUGUUUUUCUUGGGUGUUGGAAAGUGAAACCACUGUUAUUUUAUAUAAAUGUACACAUGCUUAGCUUUUUUCACCUUGUGUCUGUCAUACCAGCUGAUCUGGAUCUGAAAAUCAAACGUAAAUGCCAGAGCUUUUGAAAAUAUGUCAGAUUGGCAUCUGUUAUUUUCAAUUUUUUGUUCCCAUCGUGGUUAUGGCAGGGCAUUCAAUUCAACUGAUACACAUAUAGAUCUCUACAAAUUUGUACAUAAAUUUAUAUAAUAUUACUUACUUGUUUUUGUUACAAGCAUUGAAAUUACUAUGUUUUAUGAAUAAAAUCAUGAAACAGU